GCGCCAUUGUACUGAAACCGAUCAGCUGAGUUGAUGUCACACGCGGCGUAUUUAGGGUUGAAGGCGAGUGUACGCAAUUUAUUAAACAUUAUAAGAUGUUACAUCGUUAUAAUUGAUUCGCGAUUGAUCGGACGCGUAAAACCGUGUACGUCUGUGUCUUUUGAAUUGAGUGCAGUGAUAAGACGAGAGGAAGCGCGCGACAGCCCUCAGAUUUGUGGUUUGCGAGGUUAUGUGCGACAGGUAUCACAAACGUCCCUCGUCUUUAGAAACACAAAGAAAAUCAACGGAUUAUUAAAUUACAACAUCUGCGAAGCGUCAGUGAGAUAUCGGCGAGGUUACGAAAAUGGCGGAUUAUUGGAAGUCCCAAGGCCGCAAGUUCUGCGACUUCUGCAAAUGCUGGAUCGCCGAUAAUAAACCGAGUAUCGACUUCCACGAGGGCGGCAAGAAGCACAAAGAAAAUGUCAGCAAGCGGCUCAAGGAGAUCCACAAGAAUAGCGCGAAGCAGGCAAAACAGAAUAAAAAAUUGGAGGAUGACAUCAAAAAGAUGGAGAACGCGGCUAUGGCUGCGUAUCUCAAGGAUGUCGAGAAUAACACGCGGGACAUGACCGCUCAGAGAAUCAUCAAAGAGAAACUGAACAGGGUGGAGACAAAAGAGACGCCUCAAAAUUACAAUCGAAUGCCGCCAGCUGCUCCAGAGACAAUACCGAGGUUCAAGUGCGAACAGUUCUCGCCGAAAGUGGAUCCUUGCGACCCGAUAACUUUGUCAAAGGCCGCGCCGUCAUUUCCACGCGUCCAGCAGCACAGCGGCGAGAACAGGACUCCGGGGAAGAGUAAGGCCGGCAAGACGAAGGGAAAGGGGAAGAAGACCCAGGAGGAUGAUCGUCUGACCGCGCCCGUCAGAAAACUGUGGUACGAGGCUCGCAGUCCCGAAGGAUACACUUACUAUUGGCACAUUGAAACGAACGAAUCGGUCUGGGAGCCUCCGGAGGAAGGUUACAUGACUAUCGCGGAGCAAGAAGAGGAGGCGAAGGAGGAGAUGCUCCAGAGAGAGCUCUUGGAACAAUUGGAUAGAGAAGAAGCGACCGAGAAGGCGGAUAUUCUCGAAGAACAACGGGCCAACGUCGAGAGAGAGAAGCUGAGAGAGUUGAGGAAACAACCCGUUAAAAAUGAUGACACUCAAGGUGGUGACGAAAGCGCGGAAAUAAAGAAGGCGGCGGUCGAAGAGGAACGACCUUACUGGCGAGACUACAGUGUGCCCGAGAGACCGCAACCUUACGGAUCCUGGCAGGUCGUGGAGACGAGUAAAAAUAAACCAGUGGAUCUUCAGUUACCAAAGCAACAGAAGCAAAUACAGUUGCCCACAUUCACAAAGAACGAACCACGACCUCCGCAAAGGACUUUUAAAGAAAAAACUGUCACGCAAAUUAGUACUGGUGAUAGUGAUGAUGAAGAGGCAUCAUCCACUGUUUUCAAAAAGAGAAAAAUCGGUAACAAGAACGUGCGAAAAAGAACGAGUGAUGAUUGAUCGUAAUAUUUAUUUGUAGAAA